AAGUUUGGAUAAGAAUUAGAAUUUUAAUAGGUGAAAUACCCAAUAUAAAAUGUUGGGAAUAUUUGAGAACCCCCCUCUCUUUCCGCCAAUGGUUCGGUCCGCCAUUGUGACGUUUUAAAAAUUCAGGCUCGUCAGUUGGCUCACUACUCAGAGAAGAAGAAACCGUUGUUGUGGAGAGGAAGAAAGGCUCGAGGAAACCUUAAAGCAACGUUUAACGGACAAACCACCAGCGUUAAACCCCCAGUUUUUGCGGGUCCGUUUUUCUCCAGUUUAUUUUUUUCCUGUUUUCUUUAGCCAACAUGGCUUGUGGAGCAACGUUAAAGCGGUCGAUGGAGUUUGAGGCCCUCCUCAGUCCCCAGUCUCCCAAGCGGAGAAGGUGCAACCCACUACCGGGGACUCCUGGCACUCCGUCCCCGCAAAGAUGCAACCUCCGUCCCCCGGUCGACAGCCCAACGCACUCUAUGUCUCCUCCGGCCAUAGGAGGCGAACACAGGCUCACUCCAGAGCAGAUCUUCCAGAACCUCCGUCAGGAGUACAGCCGGAUCCAGAGGCGGCGGCAGCUGGAAGGGGCCUUCAACCAGACCGAGGCCUGUAGCUCCAGUGAUGCCCCCAGCCCCAGUUCCUCCCUCAACGCUCCCAGCUCCCCACCAGGUGCCUCAAGGAAGGACCAGCCGUCGUUUACACUGAAGCAGGUGAGCUACCUGUGUGAGCGGCUGCUUAAAGACCACGAGGAGAAGAUCCGGGAGGAGUACGAACAGAUCCUUAACACAAAACUCGCAGAACAAUAUGAAUCUUUUGUGAAAUUCACACAAGACCAGAUCAUGCGAAGAUACGGAGCCCGGCCUGCUAGUUAUGUCUCCUGAACUCACCAUGAUGAGAUCCUAGCUUCCUCUGUGGCUGCUCUUCUACUGCCCCUCUUCUACUUGAUUUUCAUUUUAUUUCCCCUCCCUCCCGUCCCCCAUCUCAAACUGUUUGGGUGCCAUGGUUUACCCUCCUUUUUUUUUUCUUUUUUUAAAAAUCCAAACAUUGAUUUCCUACUUAAAAACUAUCGCUGCUGGCCAAAAGUUAGAAGAAUCUGAAAGACAAACUAUGUAUGAAGCCCAUCCUUUUUUGCCCCCCUUUUUUUUUCUUGUUCAUAUGCUCUUUCUGGAAAUCCUGACUAAAGCAGAUCUGUGUCAAAUCUCUUGCCGGCGCUGUAGAAAAAGCUUAUUGGCUCAUGUGAUCAUUCUGUAUAACCUUCCAGCAGCUGUAUUUAAAGGCUCCUGCUUCUCACAUUGUCCCCCUUUUCUUGCCCCACCCCUCCCCUCUCCCUCCUCACAACUCUUUACCUGAGAAUGUGGAUUUUUCUCCCUUUUGAAAAAAAUAAAAGUUCUGUGAUUAAA